AUGGUGGACCCAGCCCGCUACUGGUAUCGACAGCUGAGUAGAUCGACGAGAUUCAAUUGGAAAGAAUUGAUGAACAGUUUUCUUGUGGAGUAUGCGGGACACGGGAUGUCCGCGAGCAGGCAGUACUACCAUGCAAAGAAACGAUCGGAGGAAGAUCCUUUACAGUACCUGUAUCGGCUUAAUGUGAUGGGAAUGCAGGCGAAGAUACCGGUGAUGACUGGAUUGCCAGCUGCGCGCAAGGAACAUGUCAAUCAUUUCAUUGACACCUUGGACGACCCCGAUCUGUCCAAUCAAUUGCUACUGCUGAAUGUAGAAGACGCGGAGGCCAUGCAAAAGACACUGCACGGAUAUCAACAAGGGAGAUCGCGUCAAGGGAAAGUGAUGAUGGGAUCGUCCAAAUUCAGACAGAAGGGAACUCAGGGUCCAGCGCUGUCUAAGCCUGCACGAGCGGUAAGGAUGGUCCGUACCGAGGACGUCUGCAGCGAGUCAGGAUCGGACACCUGCGGAUCGGAUUUGGAAGAUCGAUUGAGAUCGAUCCAUGUGGCUGCUACUGCGGAUCGCCGUUCAUCCCCCAAUGACGUUGCAGCAAACGCGAGAUCGGUCGACCCGAACACUCGUCAAGACUAUCAAGAUCGCAAUAUGCCAUUGAAGCCGUGUACUCAUUGCGGAUCGACCAAGCAUGGAGAUCUCGGUUGCUGGAAGCGGCUCACUUGCCAGAAGUGUGGGCGUAAAGGACACCCCUCUGACAAUUGUUUUUUCGUGUGUCGUGCUUGCGGAGAGAUGCACGACCCGGGGAAGUGUCCCAUGGAGGAGUUCUACAACAUGAUCCGUCAGUGGUACGUCCCGAAUAAGCAUGCGGGGAUGCUACCAGAGAAGGCCGAGAAGAUGUCAAACUAG